AUGGACUCAUGGAAUGACAUAAAUGGCCCACCUCGCAAGAAGAUGCGAAAGGGGACCAAAAGCUGUACACAAUGCCGCCGUCGCAAGAUUCGAUGUACUUUCAACCCUGAUCGCCCGGAAGCUUGCAAUGAAUGUCGCUUGCGUGGCUCUACGUGUAUUGACCAGGAGUACGACUCUGAAAAGCCCAACACCUCGGAUGCUGCUCAAGGAGAUCAGCGGUACAGCCUUCGGGAACGUGUAGCCCAUUUGGAAAAUAUAGUGCAGGAUCUCGCGAAACGAUUAGACGAGAGCAGCCCUGCUCGCUCACCAGCGCGGAGACCAUCAAUAGAAGACAUGACGCCUCCAUCAGGCGAGUCAGACCAGCUAGGACCAUCUAGUUGCCAGAUUCAAAGUGCGCCAGUCAUGCAACUAUUCGAUAAUUAUCUCGUCAGUCGUCGCGAGGAUUCGUCCAUUAACGACCAGUUCAUGGGCGCUAAAGAUGUAUCACCCAAAGCACGAACAGUCCGAACAGAGCUUCUAUCUUUACUUCCCUGUCAGCAGGAUAUCCGCAAAAUUGUCGAAGAAGGAUCGGGGCUUUGGUGCAUGUGGAAGGACAACUUCCCCGAACUUCUAAAUGCAUUCGAGGCCAAGUCCUAUUCUGAGAGUCUAGUGGCGCCUGCGGAAAUAGCGAAAGGCUUGGUUUGCCUCUCUAUAAGCGUUUUACAAUCCCCACCUGGUUUCGACUUCAAUGCAUUGCGAGUCCCGAUCGAUCCUCAGGAAUUUGCUGCACGCUGCUGUGCAGCUGCGGAUCGUUUGAUUGUUCGUGAUGAUGACUAUGCCGCGACACUGCCUGGUAUGGAGUGUCAGGUGCUGCUCUCCAAGUAUCAUUUGAAUGAAGGCCGGCUUCGAAAAGCGUGGCUAGUGGUCCGCAGAGCUAUCGAGUUUGCGCAUCUCGCGGGAAUGCAUCUAUCAACCCGGACACCUCGACCGGCAGACACUUUGUUCGAAAGGCGACUGAAGCUUUGGUGUGCCAUAACGACCGCAGAUAGAUCUCUGAGUUUGAUUCUCGGUCUUCCAUAUGGAGUCGCAGAUGCCUUCUUCAUCCCUCAAGCCCAAUUACGGCUCAGUUCAGACAUCCCGGCUGCAGAGCAAUAUAUCUUACGCCUCGGCAUUAUCAGUGGACAUAUGAUUGAUCGCAACCAGAACCCGUCGGAAAUGUGUCUCGAGUCAACACUGCGGCUUGACCAAGAGCUUAUGGACGCCUGGGAGGCCUUGCCUCGGAGUGUUACAGGCCCCGAGCCUGGGCCCGACGAGGACCGGGAAAGUUUCCACGAACGGAUGCCAUUGCAGUUCAUACCGAAGAUGUACCGCGCCCUUCUUCAUCUUCCAUUCAUGUUGAAAUAUCCCCAUGAUCCACGGUUUAGCUUCUGCCACCGAACGGCGAUCCAGUCUACCCGGGAAGGGUUGGCCUUAUACAAAGUCCUGCGAACGAUCACUCGGUCUUACUUGUGCAAGAUUCUUGAUUUCCUAGCUUUCACCAUGGGCAUGCUCCUCAUCGUUCACCUGCACGGCUACUCGGAGGAAUCGCCGGAUCACAGCAAAGAACAAGACGACAAGGACUGGGAGCUCGUCCGGGAUGUUGUUACAAUUCUUCGUCAGGCCGCGGCCGAGAGUGGCGGCUCUGUCGCUGCCGAGUCUGCCAAUAUUCUCGGUGCAAUCUUUGAUAGCAGAACCCAGCAGAGGGACUGGACAUCGUCGGCGACCUGCAAGGUCACCGUGCCCUAUUUCGGGACUAUUACCGUGGGCGCUGGCACCAAUCUAGUGAGGCCCAAGAGUAAAGAUCAGAAUGUUGAAGCUCUGGGUCCUGUUGCAGCUGCGAAUUCGUCGAAACGUAGGGCCAGUCAACUCUUUACUCCGCCCAUGUCUGAUCCCGAGGUAUCGAGCAUCAACGCCGACACCAUCGACGCUACUCCUGGACCGAGCGGCCUAGGAGCUGAUUUCUCGACCCAGCCGCUAAUGGCAGGAGACGAGAUCGGCACCAAUACCCUAUUCACCGGCUUGUUUGACGAUCUUGGACAGUACAUGUGGCCGAAUCCUAACGUUGAUCUGGGACUGGAUCAUGGCUGGAACUUGAACUGGUUCGAAUAG